GGCCGCCAGAAAGUAUGCCAGGGAGCCGGGGCGGGAAGCCCCGAGAAGCCGCCAACCCCGCCGUGGGCGGUGGGACGGAGUCGGUGACAGAACGAGUCCUCCGGGAGGCUCACUCGCUUUACGUGCAGCAGGGUCAUGGUUUAGUGUCCAUAGGAGAGCGCCUGGGCCUGACCCUGCUUCCCCCUCGCCGUAGAGUGACUGUCAUGGUGAUGGGCAACCACAGUGCUGGGAAGAGCAGCUUUAUCAACUGGUAUGUGGAGGAACACAUCCAACGUACUGGGGUUGCUAUUGAGACUCAGGGCUUCACCUUCAUCACCAGUGGAAAAAAGCGAGAAUCUCUCACGGGCAAUGCUACACUCCACCUCUAUCCUCAUUUUCAGAUUUUGCAAAACUUCAAAGGAGUGCCAGAAUAUCUGAGUACUGAGAUUUGUACCUCCAAGCAGAAACAAUUUUCUCUGAUCACUUUUCUUGAUACACCAGGCUUGGUGGAUGGUGAUAUGAAAUACCCUUUUGAUGUGGAGGGAGCACUGAUCUGGUUUGGCCAACUCUGCGAUCUCAUCCUGGUCUUCUUUGAUCCCAUGGGGCAGGCCCUUUGCAAACGUACCUUAAAUAUAGUGGAGAAGAUCAAUGAAGAGCAUGGAGACAAGUUACGCUUUUAUCUGAGCAAAGCUGAUGAGGCAGGCGCUGAGGGUGACCGACAGAGAGUGUUGAUGCAAAUCGUUCAAGAACUUUGUAAACGCCCUGGCCUCAAUAAAUGUGGGUUUGACAUGCCUACAAUUUAUAUUCCCAGCCCCAGUAAGCCGAUUCGGUGCGUUAAUCAGAUUGAGGAGGUCUGUCGCACAAUUGAGAAGACCAUCAGCCAGACUGUGCAGCAUACACUCAAUGCCUUGGAAAGGGAUUGCCAGCUCAUAGAAGAGGCCACACAGCGUUUGCUAGAGGAUGACAAGGAGGCCAGAAACAGCAACUUCCGUGCUUUCUUCCGCGGGGUGUUUCUGGGCCUAGCAGGUUGCCUACUGCCUAUUUUUCUUCUUCUGACAUUGAUAUUUGGUACAACAUUUGCUCGCCAACUGUGGACCUUGGUCCUGGGGGAGAAGCAAAGCCAGGCCCUGGAACUAUACAUACAGCCGGUUGCAUCAGUCUGGAAGUUUGUCCCUGAAGAUCAAACCUUAACAGUAUUUUUUGGUCUUCUCUUCCUCUCGAUCCUCUUCCUACUCUUGGCCAGCUACACUCUCAGAAUGAAGCCCACUCUCUCCAGAAAGCAAAAGCGGCAGCUGGAAGAUCGACGGGAUUACGUGUUGGAUGUGGUCUUGGCUAAGAAGAGAAAGCUCUAUGAGGAAUACCUUCGACAGAGCAUUGGUGAACAGGACUUGAGCUGAAACUGGCCUAUUCUGAAGAGAUUCCAUGCCCCUCUUCUGCCCCCCUCCUGCCCCCCAUCAAUACCCAGAAAAGAGCAUUUACAAUGGCAAGCCGUCAAAAAUCUAAUUGAUCCAAUCCAGUUGCCAUCUCUCUCACACCAGCUGGAUAGGGAUGGCAUCCUGGGCCCUUUUGAACUGUGACUAACCAUACCUCUAAUGUCCUACAUCGGAAAGGAUUGAUUUACUGGUUAUAUUUUUUGCUAAUCUGUUUGCUGCCUGUGGAUAGAAAGAUGUUUUUCAGACUUAUGAGGGGACUGUAGCGGUAAAGAUCAAGUCUGCCUCCAGCUGACUUUAGGGAUGGUAGAGCCUUGCCCGAUGUGAAAAUAGGCAACUUUAUAAACCAGUGAUCUGCUUUGUUGGCUCCUAUCAUGAUGGGCAGAAUGUAUUUGCACCAAGAUGUAAUGGGCACCAUUUCUGGAUUGCUGCCUUAGUCGUUCAGUGACCUAAAGCGACAGUUCACAUAAGCUUAUGCUAAAUGUAGCAUAAUUUUAUUUGUCAUUUGUAGAAUACCUCAUAUUUCUAAAUGUACCAGCAUGCUGCAGGCAUGCAGAUGACUGUAUUUCCCUUCCAUUUCAUAUGAGCAAGUGCCUUUAUGUGACCAUCUCUUGGGAGUGCAAGAUGGGACAUGGAUCCCGGUAACAGUCUCUCAUUGUUUGGUCAUAGCCCAACCAAUGCCAGUAUAGUACUUAACACUGUGAGAUUUCCCCAAACCUGCGACUUUCUAGGCUUUAUAAUUUAUUCAGCAUCCCCUGGAACACGCUGGGAACCCUAAUCCAGCUUUUUCUCCAAUGCCAUGAAGUAUAAGUUAUGUUGAAAAGAAGCCACUGGCUUUUGGCCAGUUCAGCUCACUUGAUCUCACUGCCCUGCCUUCAUCAAUUAUUGUAUACCAGAAUUAUCAUGGCUGUAUCUGGAAACAACAUUUUGCUGACUCUUCUGAGAUGCUGUGUAUUAAGUCCUUCUGUAGUUAGACUUCAACUCCCAUCAGCCUUAAGCAAAAUAAUGUAGCUCAUCAUGUUAUAGAGGUGACAGAGUCAGAAUUUUUAACAGGGUCCUUUAUAAAAAGUGCAACCAAAAAAAUUGAAACACAUUAACUUCUGGCUUCAAUUUGAGCAAAAAUUUGCUAUUUAGGGAUAGGAAAACAGUUGACCCACAUUAGCCUGACUCUGGUAACCCAUUAAGAUAAUUUUGGUAGCUCUUUAUUCUCUGUUCCAUAUCAAGUGGGGGUGGGGGGGAUUGGUUUGCAUUGUCUUUGCUUCUCUUCAAGCUCUCCUCCAUCUUGUUUGCAUGAGCUUCUGGAGAGUGGCAGAGAUGAAGGCUAACAAACCAAGUUAAAUAUUUGCCAGAAGUUACUUAACAUUUAUUAGAAUGCAUCUCUUCUUGGGGCAUCGAACUGACCUGAAAUCAAAGGACUCACUUUUUAUGCCUUGUGCACCAGCAAAUACUGCCAAGGUACUUUGGGAGGGUAGAGGGAGGGAUUUGCGUGUUUAAUAAAAGCUUAUUGUAAAACCUGCCUCAGUUUUCUUCCUUCUGCUCGCUGUGAAAGUCUGUGCUUCAUUUCAAAUAAUUGCAAGAAAACAGUUAAGCUGGUUUUAUUUAGCAUGAAAAAACACAAAUGUGCAUCUUAAGGAACUAAAGAUUGAACAUAAUAUGUGUGUGUGUUAUUCCCUCUAUCCCAAUAUAGGUUUAUCUUGACCCAUUCUCCUGCCCACUCCCUCUUUUCCUAAUUUAUGUAAGGUUAACAUUGCUACAAACUCAUUUUUCCCCACACUAUAAAGUUUACUCGUCUACUAUCUUCAUCCCUUUUUAAAGAGAAAAAAUGGCUACAAUUAAUAAAAGCAUUUAUAGAUGAAUCAAUACCUCCCUCAGCAUAAGUUUCAAAAUUAUUUAAGACAUCAAAAUAUACUGGUUUUGGGUUUGUUUUUUUUUUGAGUGGUGAGGAACAUUGAAGGGAAAAAAAGUAAGCUUAGGACAACUAUUUGCUUUUCCAAGCCUAAGUGUACAAUCAUUCCAUAUGCUUUUCCAUGAUUAAGGCAGUGGAUUUUUUUUCCCCCUGAUGGUUUUGGGGUGAAUUGCAGCCUUCACUUUCACUCGCUCCUGAUGUGAGCCAUAAGACUAUCUACCAUCUUCCGUAAUUCAAA